GGGGGCCCUGGCUUGCCAGGCAUCCCGCUCUGCAUGGCGUUCAACUUCCUGGUUGGCCCCGUGGCCCCGCGGCAGUUCACCUUCCACCUCGUCUGCUCGAAAAUGGUCUUUUCUCUGGCUAUUUUGAUCCAGGAACAGAAUCUCCCCUCGUGAGGAAGAGGGCAGGUCGGGACGCGGGACGCCAGCUCCAUGUAUCCGGAAUCGACCACGGGCUCCCCAGCUCGGCUUUCCCUGCGGCAGACGGGCUCCCCCGGCAUGAUCUACAGCACUCGCUAUGGGAGUCCCAAAAGACAGCUCCAGUUUUACAGGAACCUGGGCAAGUCAGGCCUGCGGGUCUCCUGCCUGGGGCUUGGAACAUGGGUGACCUUCGGAGGCCAGAUCACCGAUGAGAUGGCAGAGCAGCUAAUGACCUUGGCCUACGACAAUGGCAUCAACCUCUUCGAUACCGCAGAAGUCUACGCGGCGGGCAAGGCGGAAGUGGUCCUGGGGAGCGUCAUUAAGAAGAAGGGCUGGAGACGAUCCAGCCUCGUCAUCACCACAAAGAUCUUCUGGGGAGGAAAAGCGGAGACUGAGAGAGGCCUUUCCAGGAAGCACAUAAUAGAAGGUCUGAAGGCCUCCUUGGAGCGGCUGCAGCUAGAGUAUGUGGAUGUGGUGUUUGCCAACCGCCCAGACCCCAACACACCCAUGGAAGAGACCGUGCGCGCCAUGACCCACGUCAUUAACCAGGGGAUGGCCAUGUACUGGGGCACGUCACGCUGGAGCUCCAUGGAGAUCAUGGAGGCCUACUCGGUGGCCCGGCAGUUCAACCUGAUCCCGCCCAUCUGUGAGCAGGCUGAGUACCACAUGUUCCAGCGUGAGAAGGUGGAGGUGCAGCUGCCUGAGCUCUUCCACAAGAUAGGAGUGGGCGCCAUGACCUGGUCCCCUCUGGCCUGCGGCAUCGUUUCUGGAAAGUACGACAGUGGCAUCCCACCCUACUCGAGGGCCUCCUUGAAGGGCUACCAGUGGCUGAAGGACAAGAUCCUGAGCGAGGAGGGCCGGCGCCAGCAGGCCAAGCUGAAGGAGCUGCAGGCCAUCGCCGAGCGCCUGGGCUGCACCCUCCCCCAGCUGGCCAUAGCCUGGUGCUUGAGAAAUGAGGGGGUCAGCUCCGUGCUCCUGGGCGCCUCCAGUGCAGACCAGCUGAUGGAGAACAUUGGAGCUAUACAGGUCCUUCCAAAACUGUCAUCUUCCAUUAUCCACGAGAUCGAUAGCAUUUUGGGCAAUAAACCCUACAGCAAAAAGGACUACAGAUCCUAAGAAGCCAGGCUAUUGCCUGGGCCAUUUCCGUUUCCCUCCCAGUCUGUCCGCUCGCUUAAGCUAUUUUGAUGCCAAGUCAAGAGUGUGCUUUGCAUCCAAAAGAAAACAACGUGACAAGAUGUCAUCGGACAAAGAUCCCAAAAUUCCUUGCAAGACACCCCCGCUGCUUCGCAGGACCAGUGUCAGAUUCGUGCGGGGAAGACGGCCUUGAUUAAGGACAUUCGAGGCGUUUCCCCAGCCUGCUGCCCUGCUCAUCCCACAGGAAGAAGCCGCCAUGUUCUUGCCCAGCCUUCGCCCCCUGGAGACCCACCGAGUCCGGGUCAGACCGGACUGGUUGGGUGCUGGCGGCGGGCAGAACUGGCCUCUCCUCUGCAGAGAGCUGCUCCCUGAUGUCAGACCCGGACCUCAGGGGGCCCUCCGCACUGGGGUCCCCUCAACAUCCCUCCUGCCGAGGGCUCCAGGUACUUUCUGAGGGUCCUGACCUCAGAUUCUUCCCCUUCACCACUGGCGCCUGCCCCAGGGGGUCUCUGAGGGGCUUCCUGAGCUGUCUCUUGACCCCCACCCCCACCCUUGCUGGCAGGGGCAGGCAGCCAGGGGGAUUUGCUCUGCAGCAUGGGCCCCACAGAAAGUUGGGGGUCAUCGGCCCACCGGCUCCCUCCCCACCCGUAGUUGAUGAGCCUGACACACUUGGAGGGGGCCUGAGGAGCGCUCCAGGCCAGGUCCCUCCAGGGCCCUGCCCACUCUCCCUGACAGGUGCUGACCCAACCCUGUCCUUGCCCCAGAAGGCCCCGAGGUUGUACGUGCUUAGCUGGGCUGGCUGCUGACCACGCACAGGGCAGCCUGCCCCACCCUGCCAGGGGUGGUGGCCUUAGGGUCUGCAGAGAGGCCAUGCUUAGGUGCCUGGGGUCCCGUGCUGCGUGCCCGGGGACUAGGGACCUGAACACUCAGCAGUGGUGCCCCACGAUCUAGGAAAAGACCCCAGGAGCCCCACCCUGGAGCAGUACCCUCGUGAGCAAGGUCAGGCCAGGGUGAGGUGCCCAUAUGAGAGCGCUAAGUGCUCAGAGCUGGUUACUGAGGUGACAGGCAACGGUGGUCCUCCCAGGACCCCCCACACCGUGGCGAGGGCAGGAUGGCUGAGGUUGCUCCUUCCCCCCCUCGCCCCACAGCCUGGAGCAGGGCCGGGCAGACAGAACUGUCAGACCUACCUGGAGAUUGCGGAUGGAGGAGGGAAGGGGCUGUGCCCGGAGGCCCAGCUCCUGCGGCACCCCAGCCUUUGCUGCCUCUGUCGGGACGGGAGCCAGGCUCUACAAAUGUACUAGCCCCCUCCCAGGGGGCCCAGUGUGCCCCAGGCGCACCCCACACCCUCACGCUCACCCCACAGACACAGCGCCCCCUGCGUGGCCCCUCGGAGAAGGUGCUGUUCAGAAAGGCUCCUCCCUGCCCUUCUCAAAGGGCCUGCAGUCCAGCCUGGCUGGGCUGAGGCCUGGGAACUGGCUUUAAGAAAGCCACAAAGGUGGGGGCAGGGGACAUGACUGUCCGCACUCCUGACCUUUGUGCUGACCCUGGAGUCUAGAACAGGCCCCCUCCUUGAAAACCAGGUCCCUGGGAGUCUUCGCCAUCGAGUGUCCUACAAGCCUCACCCUGUGGGUGCAGGGAGGGGGCAAUAAGUGUGUCCCAGCAGAAGUCCCAGGCCUGUGGCACCUGCCACUGUCACAAGGGUCAGUGUCUGACUUCCGGACAGCCCUGCAGUGGGCUGGCCUCUAUCCCAGGCAGUGACUGCGUCCCCUGGGCCAGGCAGUCCGGUCAUGCUGAGGCCGGAUGGCCCAGCCCUCACUGGGAGAGUGGCCGGGCCUCCCCACACUGCCACCCCCAGCCUGCCCACUGUUGGUGGAUGGACCAGGGCUUGCGGUGAUGCCCAAGGGGAACCACACCUGGGAAGGCUGAACGCCUGUUGACUACACAUUUGCCGAGAGAUGAGAAGGCCGAGCCCCAGCAAGGCCAUAAGGCCCAGUGCCAGGAGCCAGGCAGCUUCCCAGCCCAGGGGCGCUGUGCGUAGCCCGGUUCUCGGGCAUCCUCUAUGGUCCCACACCUCCUUGUAGGAAGGACAGCUCUGCUUCCCAGAGGAGGGUCCCCAGACUUAAGAGGGCGAUGGAGUGCGGGGGGUGGGGGUCAAGGGGGCCCAAAGGCAAUCAGCCCAGAAAGGGAAGAACUGAGGAGGCAGGCCCCAGCGGGGUGGCCUGGGCCCCAAGUGGGCUGAGGCUGGCUGGGGGUCCCCUCCAGGAGGGCCUGUGCAGGAAGCAAGCCGGCCCUGGGGGCAGGGGUGGGCUCGGUCCUCACUGGCACACGGAGCCACCACCAUCCCAAAUCCACUGCGGACCCCAGGUCCUGGGGAGCAACAGGCCUGCCCCCUGCCCUCUCCCAGUCAUACAUACACCUGAUGUGUUUUUCUCUCUUUUGUAAUGACUGCGGGUCCUCAGCUAACUGCAUCCCCUGUGUAGGCAGAGAUGGCCAUAUGCCCCGAGCUUCCAGACGACACUCAGCCGAGACACAGCCAUUGUAUUUAUGGAAUGACAAAAUAAAACCCGAGCCCAUCGGGGUCUACGGCUCUCAGUGCCUCUCAUUU